AUGGCGCGUAUCGGCGCGACGCUUCCUCGCCUCAGCCGCCUCAGCCUGUCGCAUCGCAUGGGAGAAGUCACAGAUGAAGGAGCCUUGCUCCUGCUGCAGGCCCUGGGAGCAGGUCUCAAGCAGCUGCGCGUGCCUCUGCCUAUGUGCACCGAGCUCACACUGAGGUAUGUCGGCCAGUUCUGCUCCCAGCUCACGCACCUUGACAUUGACGGUCUUGGAAGCCGCAUCGGAAGGCGCACAGGCAACGAGGUGUCCGCGCUUGGACCUGCAGCCGAGCCCGAGCUCCAUCGGAUCUUUGAUGCAACUGGCCACACUCUAGAGCACAUAAACUUUGGAUGGGGCUGUGUUGUCGACGUGUUGAACUCGACCCUGAUCAAGAUGAUGUCAACCAUGCCACGGCAUCGGCUCAAGUCGUUCCGUGGGGUGCGGCUGUCCCUGGGAGCUUUCAGUGUCGAUCGUCUCGAGCUGCUCUUGCCCCAAGACUCUCCUGUGCUCGCAUACGCCACGAGCAGGGAUAUCAAUAACGUGGUCUUGAUGACCGAUCUCACGCCGCCUGUUUGGGAGCUUUUCACAUGGUACUUCCACUCCGCUGAAUCACUUACAGUUGACGAUGUUGGCGCGGAGCAAAUUGGUGUCCUCAACAACUUUGAGCUGAGGCGGAAUCACUGCAGCCCAUUCUUGCGGGAGUUGCGGCGCACGUUUUCAAACACAAUGACGCUUUUGGCCCUUGGCGGCCGCUUUGCCUCGACGUAG